AUGGGCCUGAAAAAAAAUUAUGAUUUCAUCCUAAAAUACUUUUUACCUUUUCUGUCAGAUUCUGACAACAAGCUUGUGCUGUUCGGCAGAGCUCUGAGGUCAGAGGUCAAACUGGACCCUUUGCAGCUGCUGGGAAAAAAGUACAAGGUCAACAACAUGCUGGAUGGGUCCGUGGCGGCCCGAGACUUCCACAGCGUGGUGAAGCCCGCCAUUGACGACAUGGUGGGCCGCGAGGUCACGUUUGACAUCCUGUUCCACAACAGCGAGCACCAGGCGGCACUCUUCAGAUACGGAGUCAAGAAAUCCGAGCAGAUAGAAACCAUCUACAAACACAUCAUGCCCGCGUGGAAAAAACUGUUUAAAGACAAACAGCUGUAAAAACCUGCUCGUCUGCCGCGUAUCCUCCCACCACCAGAGGGCAGCACAGGUGUGGCUCAGUGUCACUGCUUUACCAACAUGAGACGAGCCCCUUUGGACCCUUCCCACUGACGUCAGCCAGUAGUGUCUGCGGCCAUUAUGGAAGACAAAGACGAUGUAGAUGCGCUGAUGUUUUUCCACAGCAGAUGGUGAGAUGUGGACAUAAACUCGGUCUCCUGCUGUGAUCACAGCACACGAGAACAACAUGGCCAAAAAUAUUAUCCUGAUAACUGCACAUGUGGUGACGCAGACGUUUAAUUAUUUUCAGUGACAGAUGAUGGCGCAUGUAUGCGGCGCGAUGUUCUAAACACCGUCUGCUUGUGUCAGUGCGAAGGACAAACUGGAUGUCAGUUAAAGAUGACGAGCGACAGUUUAUAUGAUCUAAAUGAGUGUGACAUCACAAAGACAAGCUGUAGAAGAGCCGGCAAAGAGAUAAUAACCUUUAUGACAUCACAAACUGUGAAAGGUUUAAAACAGCCGUCAGAGUCACGGCUUCCUGUUUCCACUGUGCAAAACAUGUUUGUGUCCUCCGGUGAAGAAAAUUCUUAAAAUGAUGCCGUCUCCUGUCGUUAGUGUCUAACGGCUGUCAGGUGACCGCGUUUUCCCACCAUCAACGCCUGAAUCCAACAGGAAGGCGACUUUUUACAGACAAGAUUUCAGUCGUCGUCAACAAAUUCAGUUUCUGUUUCUUCAGCUGAUCUUUUUUUUUUUUUUUUUUUUUGACUGACAGCUGCAACAUGAGGAUUUUUUGUUGCUCUUAUUUCCACAACUCUGCAGAUCUGGCCCACAUCCAAACAUUUCACACAAACAUGAACCAAAACAAAAGUGUUCUAAUGUGAACUCUGACCUUGUGUUUGUCUUCCAGAAUGUUCAUGAGCUUUGACCGCUGUGUCACACAGGAAGGGUCUCAGAACUAAAGCUUCUUUCUUUAUUUUAUUUUUAUUUUUUGUUCCUGUCAAAUAUCCUGUUUCACAUAACCUGUGGGGGGGUUACAAACUUUUUUGGGGAAAUUUCUUUGUUUACAUUUAUUUUGGCUUUAUGUUGCCUUAUUAUCAUCUCAUUUGUCAUUAAAUGUUAAUUUUCCAAAUUUUCACUUAAAUAAUCUCUCCGCAUGAUUAUGUUGUUUUUAUGCAGCUUCAUUAUUGUCUGGGUUUUGUUUUUUGUUGUCAUUUG